UGCGUCACAGAUUAUUACUUUUAUAGGCUACCUUCAUCUUGUAAUUUAUCUUGCAGCCUAACGCUUGAAUGCCGUUGAUUUGUUGUACGGAGUUUUUGAUAAUUGCUCAUUUCGCCAACUAAAUAAUAGGGAAGUAGGUAGAGUUGAUUCUGAUCUUGAUUAUACGUCAGUGAACCCCUCAGGCCUUCAACAAUUCCUUCGUCAUCCGGACCGCUGAGUCGCCAACGAGUUACCCUACUGCCAAAGUGUCAACUUUGUGUCAACCCCGGCGAGAAUUAGACGAACGCCAACCUCCACGCUUUGCACCGAUCGAAAAAGAUUGUUGCCUCUUUCGAAGCGCAAUUUGAGUCGUCGCGUUUACUUCGCGGGACUCCUAGGCCAUCCGGCCGUGUUUAAUCGUUCAAUCGUUCCGCCACGCCCCAACAAUAGGCCUGUCCGAUACGGCUGUUAUGGACAUGAUGAUCACGAAUCUGCAGCAACAGCGUCAUGUAACCGAACAACUUCGUCGUGAAGCUGCCAUAAGACGUAUCACUGUCAGUAAAGCUGUUGAAGAUAUAAUGAAGUUCAUCACCGAACAUGAACAAGAGGACUGCCUUCUUGUUGGGUUUUCAUCGCAAAAAUCCAACCCCUUCCGUGAGAAAAGUUCCUGCAGCGUUCUAUAAACCCUACUGCCCACCUCAUGAUGGGGACUAUGUGGACCGUGGUUAUCUUGACACGCUAUUAUUGGGCUCAACUUACAUAGCGUCCAUCUGAUUGACAAUUUGAUCACCAAUCUGUGUACUAUUUAAUCAUUUAGUUUGUAAACAUUUUCAAUCUUACCUGUUUUGAUUUCUCCAAUCCAUUAAAAUCAUCGUCUGAUCAAAGAGUUGCAUUCGUCUAUUGCUAAAAACUGAAUUAUCAGAGGCUGAGCUUCAUCUGAAUCUCUAAUCGUUACCUUGUCGUAUUUGAUCCUGAAUAAUAGUUAGUGGGCUCUUAGUGUAUAGCAAAGUAACCAUAUAUUUAUAAAAUGCCACAUAAUAUUGCUUCACUCAUGGAGAGAAACUAAACAAGUAAACUAGUAUUUAUACAUAUUAGGUAACACUUGCAACAGUCCAUGCUUCCAAAAUAACAAAAAUGAAAAAAAUCUGUAUGUCUACAUGAGUAUGUAGCGCGUGUGUGUAUGCGCUCAUCAAGUAAAUAAAUAAAUAAAUAAUCUUA